CUGUGGGUGUUAAUUGGUUCUAUAUAAUUUAUGAAUUAUUUCUUAUAACUGCUAUUGUCGUAGCCAUCGGUUCCAAUGCUUUAAGUUACUAUCGCACUGCUGUAUCCUUUAAAUUAAAAGCGGACCUUGAAUUUUACAUUGUAACUUUUUUGGGUAUUGGUAUAGUUUUUCAUAUCCCAAUAAUUAACAGUUUCAUUAGCCUACCUUUACCUGCAUUGCAAGCUUUUGCCGCUGGUGCACUUUUUGUCACUAUUUUUGCUUGGGUAAUUGCAUUCGGUGCGGAAGAUGGCUCCCUGGUUGGAGACACCAUAAACUCAUGGUCCAUUAAUAAACCUGCUCAUCCGAGAAAUGUUCAUCCGGAUGUUGGUUUCCCUUCGGGUGUUCAACUAAAUCCUGGACAAAUACAGAUGACAACCAUGCAAGAUCAAGUAGUUGUAUCUCCUAAUGCUGAUUAUGCUUACAAAGCAAAAGCUUUAUAUGAUUGUAAUCCCGAGGAUCAAACUGAACUUUCAUUUACCAAGGGUGAAAUCCUUGAUAUUGUAGAUAAUAAAGGUAAAUGGUGGCAAGCAAAGAAAGCAGAUGGUUCAAUCGGUAUAGCACCAAGCAAUUAUGUGAGUUUCUUUUAUUAA